AUGGUACAAACGAGACAACAAGUGAAAAGACAAGAAGAACUUGAUCAAUUAACAACUCACCAAGAGUUUCAGCGAUUAUCUGGUAUUGAAAUUGAACAGACAAGUCAUCUACCGAAUUACGAACAUAUUGUAUAUCGUCCAAUAUCAUUUCUGAUGACUGAAAAAUUAGUUAAUACAAUAUUAUCGAAUAAUUUCUAUAAACUACCAAAAUUUGGUGGUAAAAGUAAUGAAAAUGUGAACAAAUGGCUCACUGAUAUUACAAAUGAAUUAAAUAUGGUUAAACUUAAUGAUCAACAGAAAUUUUCUGUUAUUCAAACAUUUCUAGUGGACGAUGCUCGUCGUUGGUUUAUUAAUAAUAUGUCUAUAAUGAAUGAUUGGUCCACAUUUUCCAUUCAAUUACAAAAAACAUUUUCAUCAAUACUUCAUCAAGAAUUAGCAUUAAAAAAGGUUGGUAGUCGUCAACAAGGUUUGGACGAAACUGUUUUACAUUAUUAUAACGAUAUGAUAGAAUUAUUUGAUAUGAUUAAUUUAAAUAUGAAUGAACAAUACAAAGUGGGAUAUUUAAAAGCAGGUCUGAAAAUAUCAUUAAAGAAAGAAGUAAUACGACGAGAUCCAAAAACUGCAGUACAAUUUUUGGAAUUAGCACAAGCAGAAGAAAAAUUAGAUUUAUCUUUAAAUAUCCAAAUGGAUACUUUACCAUCAUCAAAUGUUGAUUCUCUAUCAGCAAUAAAAUCACCAGUCAAAUUCUAUUCACAACAACAACGAAAAUCGUAUCCAUCAUCAACAAACUUUAGAUUGGGAGCUAAUGAUGGUACAGCUCUCGCUAAUCUACAUUAUCCAUCUUUAAUUUUUAUUCCAACCUGGAUUAAUAACAUGAAACUUUGUGCUAUGAUUGAUACGGGAGCAACAUCAUCUUUAAUUACAAUGUCCACCAUUAUUAAAUUAAAUUAUCAAGAUCGAAUUCAUACACACACAGGUGAAAUUACAUUAGGUGAUUCAAAAACUAAAAUAGCUCAGUAUGGAUGGAUUUGUUUAAAUUUGAAAAUAAAAAGUUUAAACUGUCAAAUAAGAGCUAUAGUUGUUGAUUGUUUAUCAACUAAUUUUAUUUUAGGAAUGGAUUUUUUAAGAAAAUAUAAGAUAGAAAUAAAAACUAGACAGCAAUGUCUUAUUAUUCAUCAUCAACACCAACAAUUAUAUGUUAAAUUUGAGAAAUCGAAUUCCGUUAGAUUAGCUCAACAAUGUACAAUUUUGCCCAGAUGUAAAGUUGUUGUUAAUGCUAUAGUAUCGAAUAUUAUACACUCAAAUAAAAUGUUAUUCAAUGUUAUUAAUGAAAAAACUCAACAGUUUAAAAGAAUUCGUCUUUGCGAUGGACUCGUAAAUGUUAAAAAUAAUACUAUUCAAUUAACAAUUUAUAAUCCAACAACAAGAAUAGUAACAUUACCAGAAUCAAUGUUUCUCGGUACGGUUGAUCAUUUAACUCCAAAUGUAUAUUGUUCAACAUUAUGUUCAAAUUCCACAAUACAACAAAUUGAUUUAACACAUGAAACAGAAAAGAAAUCAAUACAAGUCGCUGAUAUUAUUAAUGCAUUAACUCAACACCUUCAAGGUAAUCCACUAUAUUAUCAACACGUACGGGAUCUUUUACAAAACCAUAACAUUUUAUUUGAUACAUCUAAACCAAGGACAAUUAAAACCAAUGUCCAUCAUGUUAUUAAUACAGAAAAUCAUUCUCCAGUUAAUGCCAAGCCAUACUUCAAGACAAUAGACCAACGAAAAAAUAUUCAACAAGAAAUCGAUAAAAUGCUUAAAGCUGGUAUUAUUAUUCCAUCACAUUCUCCAUGGUCUUCACCUGUAGUGUUGUUGAAAAAACCAAAUGGAGAAUUUAGAUUUAUUAUUGAUUAUAGAAAGCUGAAUUCCAUCACUAAAAAGGAUUCUUAUCCGCAACCUACAGUUGAAGAACUUAUUCAAAGAUUAGGUGGUCAUUCAUGGUUUACAAAGUUGGAUUUGAAAAGUGGUUAUUAUCAAAUUCCGAUUCAUCAGGCGGAUAAGGAGAAGACUGCUUUUAUAACUCAAGAUGGUUUAUAUCAAUUCGAAGUACUUCCAAUGGGGCUUAUGAAUGCCCCACCCACAUUUCAACGAAUUAUGAAUAAUAUUAUUGGAUACAAAAGAUGGGAUUAUAUUUUAGUAUAUCUUGAUGAUAUUCUAGUAUUUUCAAACUCGUUCAAGGAUCAUAUGAAACAUCUUCAAGAGCUAUUUACUGUAUUAAAUCAUCAUCAAUUUACUUUAAAUCCAAGCAAAUGUUCAACAGCAAAACAAUCCAUUGAAUUUUUAAGCCAUACAAUUACAAAAGAUUCAAUUGUUCCAUCUAAAGAACGUAUUCAAGCUAUACUUGAUAUGUCCCAACCGAAUUCUUUAGCUCAAGCUAAUAAAUUUAUCGGAAAAAUUGGUUGGUACAGAAAAUUUAUUCCUAACUUCGCACAAAUAGCUGCACCCAUACACAAAGUGACAAAUAAGACAAAGAAGAAGAAAAAAGAAUUUUAUUGGCAUGAAGAUCAAAUUCAAGCAGCAAAUCAAUUAAAACAAAUAUUAACUGAAGAACCAUUAGUUUUAAAAUAUCCUCAUUCAACUGCACCUUUUAUUUUAUCUACCGAUGCUUCAGAAUAUACUAUUGGAGGAACAUUAAAACAAAUUAUUAAUGGACAAACUCAUUAUAAUUAUUAUCUUUCCAGAUUGUUAACAACAACUGAAAGAAAUUAUCCUACAAUUGAUCGAGAAGCAUUAGCCAUCUUUUGGUGUAUGGACAAAUUGAAAGAAUACUUAGGUGGUCGAGAUGUUACAAUUAUUUCAGACCAUAAACCAUUACAACAAUUUCAUAAGAAAAGUAAAUUCAAUAGCAAAAGAAUUGAAGAAUGGUUACUUAAACAUCAAGAAAUAAUUCCACAAAUAACUGCGGUUAUAUAUAGAAAAGAGCGUAAGCAUGGUGAUGCCGAUGCUAUGUCAAGAUCGGAUAUCGAUGAUAAGCAAAAAUUCUUAAAUGUUAUUACACGAUCAAUGAUGAAAUCUAAGCAAUAUCCAUUACCAAAUAAUAAUUUUUUUGAAUCAAAAUCAACAAAUAAUGAUAAUCAAUCUACCUCAUCACCUAUGACAUUUGAUUUUAGUUUAGAACGAAUUAGUGAAAAACAGAAACAGGAUCUUCAAUUACUUCACAUUAAACAACAGCUUUUAAAAGAAAAUGUUAAUAAUCUGAAUUAUGUUAUUGAAAACGACGUUUUGUACAAAAUCAUACAACUGCCACAUGCAUAUACUAAAACUAAAGUAAUAUAUAUUCCAUUAACAAUGCAAGAGGAAGUGAUUCGAUGUUAUCACGAUCAUCCUACAGCUGCUCAUUUUGGUGUUAAUCGAACUUGGCUCAAAAUGCGAACAACAUGCUAUUGGCCUGGUAUGAAAAAAAAGAUUCAAGAUUAUAUUAAGUCCUGUGAAAAAUGUGCCAAAUUUAAUGUUCGUCGAAUACUACCUCCAGGUCAUCUACAUCCGAUUGAAUAUUCACAAGGUCCUUUAGAAUUAAUCUCUAUGGAUUUUUGGGGGCCAACUCCACAAUAUUCAGCUAAUGGCAACAAGUAUAUUCUUGUUAUUACAGAUUAUUAUACUAGGUAUGUUGUAGCAUUUCCACUUCCUAAUAAUACAGCAACAACAACAGCAAAAUUUUUUGUGGAACAAUUUAUAUUUAAAUUUGGUAUUCCUCGACGACUUAUUACUGAUCAAGGAGUUCAUUUCAACAAUGAAUUAAUGAAAAAUUUAACAGCAUUGUUAGGAACUCAUCAUAUACAAACCAGUACAUAUCAUCCUCAAUCAAACGGACUAGUAGAGAGAUUUAAUGGAACUUUUCACCCUCAAUUGUCCAAAUUAUAUAAUGCAGAAUUAAACAACUGGGAUGAUUGCCUGGCUCCUGUAAUUUAUGCUUAUAAUACAGGAGUACACAGUACGACCGGAUAUAGUCCGUUUCAAUUAAUGUUUGGAAGAUAUCCUGUAUUGCCUCUUGAUCAUACACCAAGUAUAUUUAAAUUCAAUCGGCCAAAUGACUAUUGGAUAAUAUUAAUCAAAUAUAUGAAUAUUUAUCGUCAAGCUGCUCGUCAACACACACUGUUUCAUCAACAACAAUCGAAACAACGUUUUGAUCACAAUCGUCGAGAUCCUCAAUAUGAAAUAAAUGAUUUGGUGUUUUGGAAAGUACCAGGUCAUCGUGGAAAAUUAGAAGAACGAUUUUCUGGUCCUUAUACUAUCAUCAGUAAACAGCAUCCAUCAUAUACAAUUCGACAUAAUCAUUCUUUGGUAUCCAAACGUGUUCAUGUUAGUGCUUUAAAACUUGUCUACGCACGUCAUACUUAA